AUGGUCGAACAAUGCAAAAAAGAGAUGGAUUCCAACUCCGAUCAUAUCGAAUCUCACGAAGAGAUUAUCUACGAUCACAACGGGAGCAUUGAGAUUGUGAAGGCGGGCACUCUCGGGGCAUUAGUGGAGAACUUGACACGCCAUGAUAAGCUGGACGCCUUCUUCAAUCGCACAUUCCUUACCACAUACAAGUAUUUCAUAUCAACGUCCGCUCUGAUUGAUCUUCUCAUCGCUCGGUUUGACUCUUUACCAUCCAGCGAAGCAGAUGCAACAAGGCCCCUUGUUCGAGUACGCGUGAUCAACAUCUUUAAACAAUGGUUCGAACACUUCUGGACUGAGCCGAAAGGUCCCGAGACCGACGAUAAUCUGUUAAAAUUACGGGAAUUUACAUCUCGCGCCACAGCCGCUACAGAGACAAGUGCAGUGGCUCAACUACUCGGAAUCAUCCAACGCCGCAUGGCUGGAAUGUCCCGCAUGAAAAUAUCUCGACCAUCCAUCUCAAAUCCACCUAAACCAAUUCUUCCGCGAAAAUUAGACAAGCUUCUAUUUCUCAAGAUUGACGCCAAAGAGCUUGCUCGGCAGUUAACUAUUAUGGAGGCACAUAUGUUCGGCAAAAUACAACCGAAUGAACUCUUGAAUAAAGCAUGGCAGAAGAAAGAGAGCUUUACAGCCCCUGCGCCGGCCCCCAACAUUCGGGCUCUGAUUCGGUAUUCUAAUCAGCUCUCCAACUGGGUUGGUGCUCUGAUUCUUGCAGAGUCCGAUAUCAAAAAGCGGGCACAAGUAAUAGGGCACCUGGUAAAUAUAGCGAAUAUAUGCCAUGAGCUUCAAAAUUACUCUGCAGUGGUAUCCAUUCUCUCAGGGUUCCAAAGCGCCCCUAUCUACCGACUCACCCGCACAUGGGCCAUGGUCACCGAAAAGAGCUGUAACCUACUGAGGCCUCUACAAGCCUUGACAUCAAGCACACAAAACUACAGCAACUAUCGUGGGGCAUUACGCAUCGCAGUACCACCCUGCAUCCCCUUUCUCGGCCUUUACCUUAAAGACCUAACAUUCAUCGAAGAUGGAAACCAACCCUUCACACCAGAGGGUCUGAUAAACUUUCACAAAUAUACAAUGCUAGCUGCAUCCGUCCACGAAAUCCAGCGCUUCAAAGAAGCACAAUACUGCCUACACGCGGUACCCGAGUUACAAGAAUACAUCGCAUCCAGAUUACAGUCCGCAACGGGGCUAGACGAGAUGUGGGACCGGAGCUGCGAAUUAGAGCCAAGAGGACGCGGAGAAACACGACCCAGAGAUUUUUAUACCCCCACCGGAGGCAUGACGACAUCCAUGGUCGUUGCCUGUAUGGUUUUAGAUGAUUGA